AUGGAUGACCUCUUAGAUGAGAUUGCUACUGAGGCAACCAGGUUGCAGAUUGAAACUGAGAAUCAAUCUGCUACCAGCAAGGUACGAGGCAUCUUUACUUCUUUUGUUAAUCAAUUUGAAAAACACAUCGAAGAAAGAAUCCAGGAAGUGCUUGAUGAACUGGAGUUCCUUGCAAAACAAAAGGAUGCUCUGGGAUUGAAGAAAGGCUCUGGUAUUGGUAGUCAAGCUAGAGUUGGUGUUAAACUAUCCGCCAGACUGCCAACCACAUCUUUGGUGGUUGGUGAGUCCAGUAUAUAUGGUAGAGAUAGUGACAGAGAAAAAAUAAUUGAGCUUUUACUUGAUGAGGAUCUGAGUAUGAACCCACUAUCUGUGAUUUCUGUAGUGGGUAUGGGUGGACUGGGUAAGACCACUCUUACUCAGCUAGUGUACAACGAUGUAAGGAAAGAGGAUCAGUUCCAACUCAAAGCUUGGGUAUGUAUUUCAGAAGAAUUUGAUGUUGUUAGAAUCACAAAAACAAUACUUUCCGCACUUGGAUGUUUCAUAACUGGAUAUGAAGACCUAAAUCAGCUUCAGCUGAAAUUGAAGGAGAAAUUGGUGGGGAGGAAAUUUUGUCUAGUUCUUGAUGAUAUUUGGAAUGAGCGCCAAUCUGAUUGGGAAGCUCUGCAAGUUCCUUUUUUCUAUGGGACAUUAGGAAGUAAGAUCAUUGUUACAACGCGUAGUGAAAAAGUAGCGUUAGUUGUCUGCUUUAGUAGAGUGUACCGCCUGGCCUUGUUAAAUGAAGAAGAUGGUUGGGAAUUAUUUGCAGAAUAUGCAUUUAGAAAUAAGGAUGACAGCAUGAGGACAGACCUUGAGUCAAUAGGUAAAAAGAUUGUCCACAAGUGCAAAGGGUUGCCUUUAGCCGUAAAAACAUUGGGUGGGCUCUUGCACACGAAAUCAUCAGAGAAACAAUGGAAUGAAAUCCUUAAUUGGGAGAUAUGGCAGUUGUCAGAUGAUGAGAGUGAUAUAAUGCCAGCUUUAAGAUUAAGCUACCAUUACCUUCCUUCUUAUUUAAAACGGUGUUUUGCAUUUUGUUCUAUAUUUCCAAAAGACUAUCAAAUUGAGAAGGACUCUCUAAUCCUCAUGUGGAUGGCCGAAGAUUUGUUGCAUUGCCAUCAAGGAAAUAAAAAUGUGGAAGAAAUGGGAAGUCAAAUCUUGGCUGAACUAGAAUCAAGGUCAUUUCUCCAAAAGUCAACAACGCAUAAUAGGUAUAUCAUGCAUGAUCUCGUAAAUGAUCUUGCUAAAUCAAUAUCUGGAGAGUUUUGUUUAAGGAUUGAGGAUGGUAACGUGCAAAACAUUCAUAAGAAUGUUCGCUACUGUUCAUACUCAGCUUCAUGUGAUAGCAGUGAAAUAUUACUAGAGCCUUUUCAUGAGUGUAAACAAUUACGAUGUUUCGUGUCAUUAAAACGAGUACCAUUCUCCGUUAAGGAGGGUAAGGAUGAAGGUGAAAUAUUAUCCAAAUUUAAGCACUUGAGAAUUUUGAGUUUGAGAAGCAUUAAAACUAUUACUAAAUUAAGUGUUGGCAUGAACAACUCAAAGCACCUCCGUUAUUUAGACCUUUCUGACACCAGAUUUGAUCAAGUACCAGAUUCAAUUUGUAAAAUGUACAAUUUGCAAACUUUGAAAUUGUGUGGGUGCACUCAGCUUGUUGAGUUACCUCCGGAAUUGGACAAGUUGGUGAAUCUGCAUUAUCUAGACCUUUCUAAAGCUAUGAUCAGCAAGUUACCCGAUUCACCCUGUAAACUGCCUAAUUUGCAAACAUUGAAAUUGCAGGCGUGUCAAUCUUUGGUUGAGUUGCCACCGGAUUUGCACAACCUUAUCAAUCUUUGUCACCUUGAUAUAAGUUGGAGUAGUAUAAGGGAGAUGCCAAACAACAUGGGAAGGUUAAAACAUCUUCAAAUAUUGACUGGUUUUUAUGUGGGAAGACACAAUUGGUCUAAUUUGAAGGAGUUAGGGAAACUCAUUUAUCUUCGAGGCAGUAUUGAGGUCUCAAAAUUAGAAAAUGUCAAUGAUCCAAUAGUUGCUAGGGAGGCCUGUAUGAAGGAUAAGAAGUACUUAUAUAAAUUGGGACUGCAAUGGAGUGGAAACAAUGAGGAUUCACAGAAUGAAAGAUUCACCUUGGAAGGUCUCCAGCCUCAUGUGAACUUGAAAGAGCUCACUAUUAGAAACUAUGGUGGCACAAGAUUUCCAGAUUGGUUUGAUGCUCCUUAUUUGCCUAAUUUAGUAUCUCUUGUGUUGCGGGCAUGUGAAUAUUGUUUUUGUUUGCCAUCACUUGGGCAACUACCCUCUCUCAAGUCGGUUCAUAUUUCUAAAUUAGAGGGAAUAAAGAAGAUUGGGUUAGAGUUUUAUGGGAAUAAUAAUUUGUCAUGGGCUCCAUUCCCAUCUCUUGUAAAUUUGUUUAUUGCUGAAAUGAUGGAAUGGGAAGAAUGGAUGCAUUUUGAAGGUGAAUGCUUCCCCUGCCUUAAAGAGAUUGUUAUAAGAUAUUGUCCCAGGUUAAGAAGGUCACUUCCUCCAGACCUGCCAUGUUUAGAAAAGCUAGAGAUUGAACAAUGUGGAGAUUUGGAGCUUGAAUCAUUCCCUACCAAAGCAUUCUCUACUCCUAAACUUGAAUCCAUCCAUCUUUCUGGCUUGACCCAUCUGAAGUCACUUCAUGAAGACAUGCGUACACUCCUUCCUUAUGUCCAUUCUCUAUCACUGUUUUGCUGCCCACAGCUGCACUUGGUUCCUCAGAAAGGAUUGCCUCUGAGCAUUGUCCAAAUUUCAAUCCAUAAUUGUCCCAAACUUUUUGCUUCUCGCAUGAACUGGGGCUUGAGUAGACUUCAUUCUCUCCAAAAGUUCUCUAUUGGUGGAAGUUUUGAAAAUGUGGAGUCUUUCCCAGAAGAGGGAUUGCUGCCACCCAAUCUCAAAGUUCUUAGAUUUGAAGGGUGUUCAGAUUUGGUCAAACUAAAUAGCAGUGGCUUUCUCCCUCUCACAUCUCUUCAAUGCUUACAACUCUAUAAUUGCCCAAAUCUCCAAUGCUUGCCAGAGGAAAGUUUAUCGAGGUCCCUUUCCCAUUUAUUUAUUAAUGGGAAUUGUCCAUUUUUGAGACAACGGUACCAAAAGAAUGGACAAGAGUGGCAUAAAAUUUCGCACAUCCCUUGGCUCUGUAUUAGCUAA